CUUUUUUUUUUUUUUGCUUUUUUUUUUUUUAUUGAAACUCGCUUCAUUUACUCCUCAACAACUUUUCGUCUGAAUUCCCCCCCCCCUUCUUUUGCGCUCGGAGAACUUGCAACCAACAACAGACAGAAAGAGGUUUUGACUUUUUGCAGGCUCCAGCUCCCUCCUCCUGCCCCCGACAACCCCCCCGCGCCGCCUUGAUGUAUCCAGGCCGCCAGCACAGGGCCACAAAAGGUCUUGGGUGCGGCUUGCUCCUGCUCUUGGUGUGCAGCGCCGUUGCGCCAGCUCUCCUCGCCACCGCGCAGCAGCAGCAUGAUGCACCCUCAGCUACACAGGCUCUGGCUGGUCCAAGAGCCCCCGAACAACAAGCCGGAGCGAUGGGCCACGGUUUGACAGCAAAUGCAAGACAACCAAAUCCGCUCGCAUCACUGGCUGCCGCGCAAGACGGGCCAGCCGACGUGCUCCGCCGCGACCAUGACUAUGACCUGGACGCAGACAACGACAACAUCCCCGACUGGAUGGAAUAUUGGUACGCGUGGUAUCUCGAGUACAAGAACGGCAAGGCGGCCGACAAGAACUUUGCCGCCGACGACGACGACGACGACGAUGAUGAUGAUGAUGACGACGACGACGAUGGCAGUCCCAACAGUCAAAAAAGCAAGAGCAAAAAGUCCAAAAAGUCCAAAACGACCAGUCCCAGCUCGCCUGUUCCUUCCGCCGCACCAAACAGCCAACCCGAAGAGACAUCGCAUACGCUGGUUGCAGACGCCUGGGACUCGUGCCCUUAUACCAGCUACUGCAGCCCACGAGUUUUCAACGACGUUUGCUCCAGUCUCGAAAAGAGCUGGUGCUACACGUCCAAGUGCGGUUGGACGGGCGUGGACUGCGUUCCUCGCCGCGAUGGUGGCUCAUCCGCCGGUCCAGCGGCGUGUCCCUCGGCCGCUGCCUGUGGCCAAGUCUUUGCCAACGGUGUUUGCAACCAAGAGUGCAACUCGUCGCCCUGCGGCUACGACGGAGGCGACUGCCUGGUGCUGCAACCCUCACAGCCGGCUGCCAGCGUCGUCAAUGUUGAUCUCGUGUUGCAGCCUACCUUGUCGUCUGCUCCCGAUUUGACUGACCGCGUCUUUAGCUUCCACCUUGCCGUGAACGUGUCGUACCACCUCGAGGCCAUUUGCUUGCGCCCAGUGUACUUGUCGCAUCCUGUCCAUUCUUAUUCUGGAUCAAGUUCGAUCAAGAGCACACCCUCCGCACCCGCGUCUCCCAUUGCUGUGGCACCUGUGCGCUUUGUCUGCAUUCCAUUGACUGGCUCGCUCAUGGACACUGUGUCGCUUUCAAACAUCACCACCUUCCUGGCUGCCAUGCUGAACGCGCGUCCGACAUCUCUUGCACUUGGUGUGUUUGCGGCUUUGGCAUCGUACGGGUCGCCGAUCGAACCGCCAGCCUCGCCCUCUGACACGAACACUGUCAUCUGGGUGGUCUCGGUGAUGGGAUCGCUCGCUUUUGUCACUGUACUCGUCGGCACAUUGGUUCGUUUGCGACGAAAUCGCUCGCAAGCCGACGUGUCUGAUGCCGCGAUCGACGAUGCAGAAAAGAUGCGAGAACUGGGCAUGCACGGCUUGCCGCCCUGCUUGACCAUGCCGUCCCUGCAACCUCCACCAAAGCAAGUCCACAUUUCAAGCAAUCAGAUGGUUGACCUUGCGUCGUUCGCCGAUCUCGACGCCCUCGACUUUGCUGCGGCCUACAGUCCCCACCUCUCGUCCAUUCCGUUCGCCUCGCCCGAGGCGUCAUCCGGGUCGUCCGUGUUCUCUCCGGGUGCACCAUCCAACGCCAAGCGCGCACGCAUCGAUGCGAUCGAGAUGAGCGAGUUUGCCAUCCGCGAUGGUCCAACUGCAGACCUGGCAGACGCCGAGCAAGUUCGAUUAUGUUGCCUCACGGGCAACCUGGCUCAGCUAGAGAUGCUAUUAAGUUACCGUGGCUAUCGAAGCUUCUCGCCGAGUGACUCGGCAAUAUCGAGCUAUUCUACAGGCACGAGCGCUUCGGUGGUGGAAAGCCUCAACGCGUGGACCAGCGCGGAGGUUUCCCCGUUGUCCCAAAUCCUGGCAUAUGAGCCACCCAUGGCGCAUCCCAUCCAAGACGGGGUGACGACGUUUGCCAAUUCAUCGCUAUAUGCCGCAGCCCGCGACGCCAACGGCAACACGCCGCUCAUCAUGGCUGCCGAAAGCGGUCACCUCUCCAUCGUGUUGAUGUUGCUCUCACGCGGUGGUUGCAGCGUCCACGAGCGAAACGUGUUUGGUCAAACUGCGCUUCAUCGCGCAUGCAAUGCCGGACAGCGGUCGGUCGUGCACAUGCUUACCUUGCCGCACCCCUCUGGCUUCAACAUGAACUGCAACACGGGCGAUAUUUUUGGCGACACUGCACUCCACCACGCGUGCCAAGACGUGUCAGCUGCGAGUGUUGGUCUGUUUCUCGUCAACACGCUUUAUCCGCUCCACUCCGAAUGCGCUAGCUCGCACCAUGCUGCCACCGCCUCCCCUACAGCGUCAAUGGCGAGCCACGGUGCGUUGUCAGGGUCGCCGCCCUUGUCUGGAGCAACACCGCCCCAGCCGAGCAGCGCCAGCAGCGUUGGCAAGGAGCUGGACAGCCAACGCGACAGCGGUGUUGGAAGCGACCUCUUCAGCUGGUCGCCGCGGCCGCCAACAUCGCAAGCGAGCGUUGUGCGGAUCGACCUUGACGCCAAAAAUGGCGAUGGGCUCACGCCUGCAAUGGUCGCCAUUCGCAGUGCCUCCACAGAAGUCGCUCGCGCUCUCAUUCAAGCUGGCUGCUCGCUCAAGGCAACAGACCACCUUGGCAACACGGUGCUGCACUGGGCAUGCAAAACCAGCGAUCUUGAGCUGGUGCAGCUUCUCUUGUCGCUCAAGUGCAACAUUGACGCCCAAAACGACGCCGACGAAACCCCGCUGUUUGUCGCCGUCCGCGAAGGCUGCGCCCCGAUUGUCAAGCUGUUGCUCGAAAAGUUUGCCAACCGCAAACUGGAAAACAACCUCGACCUCAGUCCGCUGCAGUUUGCCCAAACGCGCAACAAGACUGAGCUUGUCGAGCUGCUGAACGAUUGGACACUGGCCACAAGCGCGCGGCAGCGGGAUGCACAACGUCAAGUUUCAACGGCGACAAGCACUCCGCAGCCGUUGCCGCUGGCUUCGUCACAGCAACCCACGCAGUUCAACGCCCUGCUUCAUCAUUUCCAGCAGCUGCAGCAGUGGCAAGCCCAACCAAGCACCCAGCUUCCAGCAAUUGCAUCGAAGCCACUCCCAGCUUUGCGUCCCCUUGCGCCGCAACCCAGGGCGCUUGCCCCUGCGGCUCCUCGAUCGGGAUCCUCCACGUCGUCUUCGCCAAGUGCCAAGUCUCCUUCUCCACGCGACAGCACCUAAUGCCUUCCGAAUGGGUCUAUGUUGUUUUUGGCUCCAAGCUGUGAUUUGAUGUUGUGCAUCUAGUUAACAUUUCAAUUUGGUCGGAUUUUUGUUGUUGUUGUUGUUGUUGCUCUUUGUUUGCGCUGAUUUUUUUUUGUUCUGUUCUUGGUGGAUGUGUUUUUUGUGCUCGAUUUGGCCUUGUUGCGUUUUUUGACUGUGUACAUUCCUUCGUAAGGGAAGGCUGGUAUGUUUGUUUUGUGUUUGUUUUGUUGGUUGGUUCUCCUCGUUUUCUCGAUUAAAUCUCUCUCAUCA